AUAAAUGACGCUGUUUUACAAGUUAUAUCAACCAUUACGGUCUCAUUUUUAUAAGUUUAAUAUAAAUACAUAUGUUUUAUCAAAGCAAAGCUAUAGUGCUAAGAAAAUUGUUCACUUAGAAACCCUAAUUACGAAAGAUGAUAUAUAUGAGGAAAUGAAAAGUGAUUUAUCUACCGUAGAAUGGAAAAGGAUACGAGAAAAAAUUCUUCAAAAAAAUACAGAAAUCACACCAUCCAUUGUAGACUCCAUAAUCAUAGAUAUGUGUGUCAAGUAUUUCCAUGUGAAUAACGCUAUUGCAUAUUUCAAAUUCUUGAGAGAAAAUAAUUAUUCCUUGAAUGCAGGAGUGAUUGGAAAAUAUCUUAAACUCUACAUUUUGAAACAAAAUUCUUUGACCAAUGCAGAUAAAAUAGAAAUUGUAGAAACAUACAAUGAUUUGAUGCAGAAGUAUCAGUAUUUGGAUUCCGUUACAGCUGAAGAAUGUAUAAUAAGCUUAUGUUUGACAGAUGAGUGGGAGAAAACGCAAGAUAUAAUAGAAAUGGUGAAGAUUACCACUUCUCCAGGCUCUGCUAUAUAUUCUGCAUUAGCUAGUGCAGCAUUUAGAAAUGGAAAACCCAACAUUGCAUGGAAAACACUGACAGAUAUAGUGUUGCGCAAACAGAUUCCACAAAAAAAUAUAUACUUAUCACAUCUACAAUAUUGCCUGCUGGAAAAUGCAAAAUUUUUUAACAAUAGACUAGAAGAGAUGUUUCAUUUCUGGAUUAAACACAGUAUAAUACCAUAUGAUCAAAUUAUAAGAGCAUAUGCUAAUACAGCUAUCAAAUAUGGUUGGUCUUCAGAUCGUGUAACAAUCUCCAAAAAAACGGGAAAUUGUCAACAUUGCGGUAAUUUUUUAUCCAAAAUAACAUUUAGUAAAGACGAAUUUCAGAAAUUGGCAAAAUGUGUGAUGGACAAAGUGAUUAUAGGAUCGGACAUCUAUAAUAAAACUAAUCCAAAAGAAUUGUUGAAAUUUAAGGAAUUUAUUGAAAACACUAAACCUUUUGACGUAGUUAUUGAUGGACUUAAUCUAACUUAUAUGAAUCUUUCCGCACCAAAAUUACAUUUGCUAAUCAAUAUAGUAGAGCAUUUCAAAAAACGCGGUAAAAAAGUACUCGUAUUGACGCGGAAACAUCAAAGGAAGCUAUCUGAAUUUAAACACAUAGAGCGAAAUGCGUUCGUCUUCCUCAUAGAUAAUUUAUCCGCUGAUGAUCCUUACAUACUGUAUGCAACUAUGGCGUGUGGAAUGAAUGCAAUGUUUGUUUCGUCAGAUUUAAUGCGACAACAUAAGUAUUCCUUACAAAAUGAAGAUUUACAACACAAAUUUAAGAAGUGGCAGUUUUCCCAUCAGUACUUCAUCAAGUUCAGUGCAACUGGUAUGCGCAUUCAAGACCCUUUUAUCUAUUUACCGAUUGUACAAAAGAGUGAUAACUGUUGGCACGUGCCGUGUGUCACUGAGGAUCUUAGUAAGGAGACUUUAAAGGAGUUUUAUGAAUUUUCAGAUAAGUGGUACUGUUUUAAGUAUAAUGAAAAAAAAAUGUAUUAAAAUAUAAAU